GAAAGGCAUUUUGACAAGACCAUCUUGAUCACUACCUUUCAUCAACCAUGCCACCACAAGAGACUCGGGUUGUGGUGUUAGGAGGAGGAGGAGUAGGAAAGAGUGCACUUACAGUGCAAUUUGUGCGAAACGUUUUUGUGAGCACGUACGAUCCAACGAUCGAAGAUACAUAUCGGAAACCGAUUGUGAUUGAUGGACAGCAUUGUUUGGUGGAAAUAUUGGAUACAGCAGGAACGGAACAAUUUAUGGCGUUGAAAGAGCUUUAUAUGCGAAGCGGACAAGGGUUUGUGUUGGUAUUUUCCCUAACGCAGCUAGGAAGUGUGAACGAAUUGGGACCGUUGCGAGAACAGAUUGUACGGAUAAAGGAUAAACAAGUACCGAUUGUAUUGGUUGGGAAUAAAUCGGAUCUCAAAUCGGAAAGACAGGUACCAAGAGAGAUUGGAACAAAUCUUUCUCGUGCAUGGGGAAAUGUUCCAUACUACGAAGCAUCAGCGCGAAAGCGAAUCAAUGUCGAUGAAAUAUUUGCCGAUAUCGUACGACAAUGCAGAGUACACGAAGCAAGGAAUAAAGCAGCAAAUGGAGGGAGAGGAUCGGAUAGAAAUAAGAAAAAGUGUGUAGUGAUGUAAUUCAAAGACAAUCAAGAACAUUUCCUUCUCAUUUUUUUCCCGUCCUUGCUCAAUUCUAUUCGCAAUCGCAAUUAUUUAUAUACCCGCAAUGCUGAUCAUCUGGCAGCUUCUUCUACUUUCGCAAUUUUUUCUGGUGAAUGGGUGCUCUUUGACUCGUUUUCCUAGCUGCGCUUUCUGUUGCUCCCUAUCGUUUCAUUUCGAUUGGAGGUCUCUUUUUCAACAUCUUUACGCCUCGUGUAUAUCA